AUGCGCAACCUCUACGCUCCAACAAAAUUGGGAAUUCGGGCACGCAACUUUAUCCAGCAUUCGUGCAGGAAAGUCGAAGAAAACGAUUCUGUGAUUACAGAUCGGCAGUUGGAAGUUUUGGAAACAGUAGCAUCUGGAAUGGAGUACGGCGGGAAAUUGCAGCCUGCGCGGACGCUGCGGGGUGCACGGCGGAUGGUGAGCCGGCUAGCGCAUGCGCCGAAGGUGGCCGCAGGGCGGCUGGCGCGGUGGGUGCGCGGGAUCGACCUCAGGGAGCCGUUCGAAUUCUGCGUGUCCAAGCGCAUGGAGUGGGCGGGGCUGGUUGCGCUGGUGUGCGCGCUGCUGCUGUGUGCACAGAACGCGGACACAAUGUCGCUCAUGAACAGCUUCACGAGUCAGGAGCACUGGGCUGUGCAGACGCAGAAAAUGCAGAAUUUUAUUUAUAUUGACUUGGCGCAGGUGUUCCCGCUUGCGCGGCGCCUUGCGGAUAACACGAAGUACGACCAGCGCCUCCCGAUCGGCGCAUUAUACCAGCAGGUGAUCCGCGAGUUGGAGAGCAGCGCAGGCAGCCUAGAAGGGCUGGCGGUUGAUUUCCACUGGGCGGACUGGAUGAAUUUGGGGAAUUCCGGGUUGAUAUUCGAGGCGUACGAGCGCCAGCGCAGGGCGCACACGCAGGAGUCGUUCCAGAAGUUGUGGGAAUGCAUCCGCAGCGACGAUUUCAUGCGGCGCAGCCAGAACCCGCUCUUGGCGCAGUUGAAGCACUCGGAUGCGUGGAUUUACGGGUUCCAGGACCCGCCGGAGCGCAUCGACAUAAUUACCGCAAAGGGAUUCUACGAAGUUGCGGUUGCGCAGCGCCGGCGCGUGGGCGAACAGGGGCUCUGGGACCGGUACUACGGGGUGCGGCAUGCGAAGUGGACGCGGCGCAGCGGCACGACGAUCGACUUGAAGCGGCUCGCUCGGACGAUCGACGCGACGGCGGCCCGGUACGUGGACCCCGUGUCCUGGGACGACCCGGUGCCCGAGGAGGUGUAUGUGCCCGACGAGGACAUGCGGUGGGACUUGGACGCGGAGGUGAAGAAGUUACAGGCCAAGCAGGACAAGACGAAGCAGGAAAAAGUGCAUUUGCAGAGGCUUAAGCAGUGCCAGGAGGCAGGAGGUGAGGCAAUGUUCUUCUUCCCGAUCAACUACCUGGAAAACGACCGGUCGCGGUCCGGCGACCACACGAACUUCCCGUUCUUCCAGUCGGUGGUGGAUGUGGCACGCCGCCGGGCCGAAAUUCACCACAUGAUGCGGUCUUAUGCGAAGUUCAUGCGGCAGGCCGGGUACCAGUACUGGGUUUUCUCUGGAAACGCGAUCUCGUGGUACUUCAACGGCAACAACAUGCCGUGGGACGACGAUAUCGACGUGCGGAUGAGCGCGAAGGAGAUGGACCGCAUGACCAUCACACACAAUGCAACACUUGUGCUCGAGGACCCGGAGGAGGGAGACGGCAUGUACUACUUCUACGUUUCGCCGUGGUUCGGCAAGGAGACCCGGCUCGGCAACCACAUCGACGCGCGGUUCAUCGACGUGCGCCGCGGCUUGUACAUCGACAUCACGUGUCUCUACGAGGCCAGCAUGAAGUCCACCGAGGACAUUUUGAAGCAGGAGCACUUGUUCGACUUCUGGGGCGUCGAACCGGACCGCCGCCAGGACUACUUGCAGCAGCACACCGUGUUGUGCGACAAGAACAACAACUGGUUCUGGGAGGACCACUUCCGCGACCAGUUCCGCACGCUGUUCGAGGGAACCAUGGUCCACAUGCCCUACCACUAUGCCGAGGUCUUGAAGUACAGCUACGGCGAGGAUGUGCUCCGUAACCCGGACUUCAACGGCUUCCGCUUCUUCCCCGAGGUCGGCCUCUGGUUCUCCGGUCAACGCUGUGACUUCGACCAGUACCAGAAGCUCUUGGACCGCGGCCGCGCCUUUGAUGAUAACGGCAUGCUCACUCUCGAGGGUGCAUGCGGUGAUCCGGACCUCCUGGACCAGUGGAGGCGUAUCCACCCGUCCAUUGCGCUCCACCGGGCCGAGUUGGUGCUCCUCAAGCAGGCCGACCGUAACCACUUCAAGUACUCUGCCCACGACAUGCCGCUAUACUGGCACGACGAGUUUUCUGACAUGCUAGACUUCUACGAGAGCAACGGCAACGCCAAUAUUUAG